GGUUCAUUAUUACUAAUGCCUUAAAUAUUUUAUAAUAGAAAAUCAACUUCACAAAUUACAAUUUACGACGCGAGUGUCGAUUCAACAUUCUCGUUUGUUUAAAAAUUUUUGAUAUUUUACAAUGUUUUUUCACGUAACAAGUGCCUAAAUAUUUUGAAACGUUUAUUGUGUUAGUGUAAGUGUUAAAUGCUUUCGAGAUGUCUAAAAACAAAAUCGCCGCUAGGAUCGACAGCCAGAGUGUGGAAGUCAAAACUAAAUUCGAUGCGGAGUUCCGAAGAUUUUCACUAAAUAAAUCGGAAAAGUUAAAAUAUGAUGAUUUCAAGGCGUUAAUUGAGAAACUACACAGGUUACACGAUGUGGCCUUUCUUAUCAGCUACACAGACCCCAGAGAUGGUGAUUUGCUGCCAAUUAACAAUGAUGAUAACUUAGCUAGAGCUUUACUGACAGCCAGGCCGCUGUUAAGGGUUAUAAUUCAAAGGAAAGGGGACAGUCUUGAAGAACUAAACGGCUAUGGAACGAUGCGACCACGCAACAUCAUAUCUUCAAUACUUAGCGGUACACCGGCGAAGAACAAGGGACUGGCUAUAUCCAACCCACACGACUUUAGGAUGGUAUCAGCAAUCAUAGAUGUAGAUAUAGUACCGGAAACGUGUAGGAGGGUGAAAUUAUUAAAGCACGGCUCCGAUAGACCGCUAGGAUUUUUCAUAAGAGACGGCACAUCAGUACGUGUAACUGCGAGUGGGGUAGAAAGAUCGCCCGGGAUUUUCAUAUCGCGGCUCGUGCCCGGCGGUUUGGCUGAGUCCACCGGCCUGCUCGGUGUUAACGAUGAAGUGCUUGAAGUUAACGGGAUCGAUGUGUCCAAUAAGACCUUGGAUCAGGUGACGGACAUGAUGGUAGCGAACUCAUCGAACCUUAUAAUCACUGUGCGGCCCGCCAACCAGCGCGCCGGCCCGCCGCCGGAGCCCGCCCGCACCGACCGGCCCGCCAGCGAGCCCGACGAGGACAGAUUCGACCAAGAGGACCAAGACGAAAUAGUCGAUCUAACGGCUGUCACCUUACACGACCAAGAAGCUCCAUACCAACAAAUGGCGAGCAAAGACGACGGGCAAAUACUACACCUCUAGUACAUAAUAUACCGCUAUAGGAUGUGCAAGCCUAUAACAAAGUAUGGGAAAGUGUAGGACAAUAGUGUUUGGUGCGAGUUAUAGUGUCAAAGUGUCAAAGUUUUAGUGUCAGUAUACCAAAAUUGAAGAAAUUUUUUUUCAGCUAACGUUUAACCCUGGAUUUGUCUGGGCGUUUUAAUAAAGUGUACACGACAUUACAAUAUAGUUAAAAGUUAUAAUCAAUAAAAAGGUGUGCAUUUAUCUUGAUAAUAACAUAGUGUGGAUAUAGUAUAUAUUAUGGUGAAAAAAUUUUCUUUUAAAGAACCAUAUAUGUAACAAUGAAUAUUAGUAAAUUAGUAUUACAGACAAUAAAUAUCAUAAAUGGCUGUAGCUACUCAGAGAUGUUAAAUUAUAAAUAUAAGCUAUUAAAUCUAAUACGAACACGUUGCGUUGCUGCCAAAAACUAAUAUAAAUGGCGGCUUAUUGGAAUUUGGAGGACUAAAAAUAAAGAAUAAAACAUUUAUUUGUCAGCAACAGCACAACAAAAUAAGAAAACACCACUAAAAAACAAAGCUAAAGAAGUGAAAUCAAAAAUAAAAUAAAAAUCUAGCCAAUAAAAAAAUAUAAAUAAAGAAAAAUAAAACCGCCAUGCCUUGCAUUUGUUAUUUAUGGCAUGUCUAAAUGCAUAGUUUUUACACGAAUUCAUAAAUUAUAAGGCAUCAUAAUUUCAUUCAAAAAGAGAGAAACAGCUCUUAUAUUUACUCUCUCUAUCUUGCAUAAAAUUAUUGCACUAAACAAAUUAUUGUGAUCAAAAUAUAUUAUUCAUAUUUUAAACAUUCCAUGGCUAACAUUCCACAUUAGUCUGAUAAAAAUAAAUUUAAAAUGUCUGUUUAUAUAAAAUGGAUUUAAGCGAACUUCACACCAAACAAUAAAGAAACUAAGGGAUACAAAUAUUUAUCUGUCUUACAUUCCUUACUUUAUAAUAUUCGGGGUUUUUAUUAAAAUUUGUAUAGUAAAAAGGACGCCUUAUAAAAUAGGAACCUAUUCGUCCAAAAGAAGAGUGUUCAUCGAUGUAAUACUACUAUCGUUACUAUUUUAAACAAUAAAAAUUCAGUUAAUUAACUACUAAUAAACGAAUAAAAGCACUAGGUAAAUUUUACAAUGAAAAAAAGAGCGUGUGUGUCGAGCACGCGUUUCAGAAGAGAAACUUCUUUGGCAAGAUUCAAAGAUACCAAAAUUGUCGCCUUACUCCAUGGCGUGACGGUAUUACGCGAACUUGAAAUGUUACUCUCAACGCGCCUAAAGAAGUUUCACUUCAAUAAAAUUUAAAGGAUUUUUGUGUAUCAUCGCGUUCACAUCAACGUCGUUAAUUUCUAAAUAAAAUAAUUAUACUCUCGUAAAAUUAAACGCAAGAACUAUUAGAUGAAUAUAUAUUUCCUACUUAGAAUCUGUGUUAUCUGUUAAAAUUUAUAGUAGUUGUGUACUUAACGUGAGGUUAUCCUUAAUAUUGUAUUAAUACAAUAAAACUGUUUGUUCUCUAUGAUGCUUUAGAUUAAGUCUCCACUUCCUAUGGAAGGUGCUAACGUUCAUGUUUUCGGUUUUUAAAUUGUAACAAAUUAUGAAUUUAUCCAAUAUAGUAUUCGUUAAUUUAUUAUAAUCAUGUUAGAAGUUAUUAUAAUUAUUUUUCACUGUUCAUUAUCGAAUUUGGUGGAUUAUAUGUACUUUUAUAUUCGAAAGUAUUGCUGUUAAAUGAAUCAAAUUUACAUUCCAGUUAUCGUUAAAUCGUGCCUUGAAUCUCUUAUACUGUUGCAAAUCGGUAUUGUUGUUAUUAUUCGCUCGAAAUGUUGUUUCGACAUAGUUAAAUACAUUAUAUAGUUUGUGGCCUAAUGCAGUGCCUUGUGGAACUCCGUAUAGCAAUAGUUUGUAUAAACGUAUUUUCCUGCGAUACUAUGAGUGUUUGUUCCUUGUAUAUUGUUUUAAUUACGAUUUUUAUCGAAACGCGACAUUUUACAAUCAUGUUAUGUAAGGUACUGUCGAGGAAACGAACUUUUUGAUUGGAAGCGAAGCGAUCAUUGCCUGUUCGUAAGUCUUUUAAGAAAACUUAUAUUAAUUUUUAAUUAAUCUUGUAUAUCAAAUAUUUUAGUUUUAGUAUAAUAUCUAGAUCAAAGUAUUUUAGAUAUUAGAGCUUAUUUUAGUUUAUUAUCUGCUAUACUCCUAAGGUUCUUUAUAGUAAGUAUACUGUCACAUAUCAAAUAAGCCUUUAUAUUAUCGUCAAUGAUCACACGAUAGGUUUCGUAUUUAUUCCGUUUGCAAGUACUUACGUCAAUUAUCGAGUUUACAUUCCAUUUAUAUACUGAAGUAUCUAAUUUUUUGUAAUUUUAUAUUUUAAAAGAUAGUUUUAAAACGCUUGAUAUUCGAUUAUCCUAUUGCAUUCCAUUCAAACAUCUACACU